AUGGCGUCUUCGAGAAAUGGUGCGAGUAGAGGAUCCAUGAGACCGAUCCCUGGAGCCAAUUCCUCCAAUCUCAGAUCGUCUUCUUUCAAAUCCAGGAUUCCUUCGUCGGCGCCUGCUCCCCGUCGGAACUCUUCCGCUUCUCUGGGAGGAGGAGCUUCCGGCGGAGACAAUGGAGUGCCUGGGAGAGUUCGAGUGGCUGUAAGAUUACGGCCUCGAAAUGCAGAUGAGUCGGUGGCAGAUGCUGAUUUCGCUGAUUGCGUUGAGUUGCAGCCUGAGCUUAAAAGGUUGAAGCUCAGGAAAAACAAUUGGGAUACGGAGACGUACGAGUUCGAUGAGGUGCUUACCGAAGCUGCUUCACAGAAGCGAGUCUACCAAGUGGUUGCCAAGCCUGUUGUAGAGAGUGUUCUUGAGGGUUACAAUGGAACCGUGAUGGCCUAUGGUCAGACGGGUACUGGAAAGACUUUUACCCUUGGGAGAUUAGGGGACGAAGAUACUGCCGCUCGUGGUAUCAUGGUUCGUUCAAUGGAAGAUAUCAUGGGAGGGACUUCUCUAGAGACUGAUUCUGUCUCUGUCUCAUAUCUACAGCUUUAUAUGGAGACCAUCCAAGAUCUCCUUGACCCAACCAAUGACAAUAUUGCAAUUGUCGAGGACCCCAAAACUGGAGAUGUCUCCUUGCCAGGUGCCACCCAUGUAGAGAUCAGGAACCAGCAGAAUUUCCUUGAGCUACUUCAGCUUGGGGAAACACAUCGAGUUGCAGCCAACACUAAGCUGAAUACUGAAUCUUCUCGAAGUCAUGCAAUUCUCAUGGUGCAUGUAAAGAGGUCAGUGGUGGAAAACGAGGAUUCGGCCUCAAAUGAAUUGGAGAACUCUUCUCACUUUGUCAGACCAUCAAAGCCACUAAUCAGAAGAAGCAAGCUUGUUCUAGUAGAUCUUGCUGGCUCUGAACGUGUUCAUAAGUCUGGCAGCGAAGGGCACAUGCUGGAGGAAGCUAAAUCCAUUAAUCUCUCACUUAGUGCUUUAGGGAAAUGCAUAAAUGCUAUAGCUGAGAAUAGCCCUCAUGUUCCACUUCGUGAUUCAAAACUUACUCGCUUGCUGAGAGAUUCAUUUGGUGGCACAGCAAGAACAUCCCUAAUUGUGACAAUUGGUCCCUCUCCGCGUCAUAGAGGAGAGACAACAAGUACUAUAUUAUUUGGUCAAAGGGCAAUGAAAGUAGAGAAUAUGUUAAAGAUAAAAGAAGAAUUUGAUUACAAGAGUUUAUCCAAGAAACUUGAGGUCCAACUGGAUAAGGUGAUUGCUGAAAACGAGAGGCAGCUGAAGGCAUUUGAUGAUGAUGUGGAGAGAAUAAAUAGACAGGCAGAAAAUCGUAUAUCAGAAGUUGAAAAGAACUUUGCAGAGGCCUUAGAGAAGGAAAAGCUAAAGUGUCAAAUGGAAUAUAUGGAGUCAGUUAAGAAGCUUGAAGAAAAACUGAUAUCGAACCAGCGGAACCAUGAGAGUGGUAAACGUAAUGGAGAGGUCAAUGGGGUUGUUACAGCAAGUGAACUCACUAAGCUAAAAGAAUCACUUGAGAAUGAGAUAAAGUUAAGGAAGGCAGCUGAAGAGGAAGUUAACAAACUUAAAAGCCAGUCAACACUGAAGACAAGAUCAGGGGAAGGUGAAGAUGCUGGAAUAUCAAGACUACAAAAACUGCUAGAGGAUGAGGCUCUUCAGAAAAAGAAACUUGAAGAAGAGGUCACCAUAUUACGAAGUCAACUUGUGCAGCUUACUUUUGAAGCUGACCAGAUGAGAAGAUGCUUGGACAGAGGUGCCUCCGGCAAUUCAUACUCUGGCACUGGCACUGACUCGUUACCAUCACGUCAUUCCCAAGCAAGAGAAUCUGUGAACGGACAGAAGGCACCAUUUGCUACACUAUGUGAACAAGUGGGUCUGCAAAAGAUCUUGCAAUUGCUCGAGUCAGAUGAUGCAAACAUCCGAAUUCAUGCUGUGAAAGUUGUGGCCAAUCUAGCAGCUGAAGAGGCAAAUCAGGAAAAGAUCGUUGAAGCUGGAGGUCUUACAUCAUUGCUGAUGCUUCUCAGAAGUUACGAAGAUGAGACUGUCCGAAGAGUUGCCGCGGGUGCAAUUGCCAAUCUCGCAAUGAACGAAGUGAGUCAACAGCUGAUUGUGGACCAAGGUGGAAUCAGCUUGCUAUCUUUAACAGCUGCAGAUGCAGAGGAUCCACAGACCUUACGCAUGGUUGCUGGAGCAAUUGCUAAUCUCUGUGGCAACGACAAACUUCAGGCAAGACUAUGGUCGGAUGGUGGAAUAAAAGCGUUGCUAGGAAUGGUGAGAUGCGGACAUCCGGAUGUUCUAGCUCAGGUGGCUCGGGGGAUUGCCAACUUUGCAAAGUGUGAAUCCCGAGCAACAUCGCAAGGUGGUGUGAAGAGUGGAAGAUCACUGCUGAUAGAAGACGGAGCGCUUCCGUGGAUUGUACAACAUGCGAACGAUGAAGCUGCACCAAUCAGGCGCCACAUAGAGCUCGCUUUAUGCCAUUUGGCACAGCAUGAGGUGAAUGCCAAGGAGAUGAUAAGCGGAGGAGCGUUAUGGGAACUGGUGAGGAUAUCAAAGGAAUGCUCAAGAGAAGACAUUCGAAGUUUGGCUCAUCGUACUCUCUCUUCCAGCCCCGUCUUCCGUUCUGAGAUCCGCCGCCUCGGCAUCCACUUUUGA